AACAAUCCUCCAACAUACUACGAGCUCGGAUCGUCGAACGGAGACCCUAAUGAGGGAUCAUCUGGUCCACAAAGUCAAGAAAACACGCCACCAUCCAGUGAAAACGCUUACAUUCCCCCCGCUAUGCCCAACGAAUCGGAAAGCUCUGAAGAUAUAUACAUUGUGACUAACAGACCUAUCGCACAGCCGUUAGAAACUAUACCAGAGACAAAUCCUGAACCUAGUAAUGAAAGUCUAGAACCAAUUAAUAAUAAUCCAGGAGUCAUUAAUGAAAAUCUAGGACAGAUUAAUGAUAAUCCAGAAGCAAUUAAUGACAAUCCAGGACCGAUUAAUGAUAAUCCAGAAAUACUUAAUGAUAAUCCAGCACCAAUAAAUGAAAACCCAGAACCAAGUGACAGUGUAGCAAAAUACCCCGUUGAACCAAUUAUCGGUGACGAAAAUUCAAACCUCAAACCAGAAAAUGAAGGUUUUACUAAUAGACCUGAGUACGAAAAUCCAGAACUUCCGCUGCAGCCAGGAACUGCUGGAACAAGUGUUCCACAACCUGAAGGGAUUGAGUAUCCAAUAAGUGGAAAUCCUGGUGGAGAGUCAAGUGAAAAUCCUGGUUACGGUUACGGUCAACCAGGUGAAACUAAGAAGGGUUCGACUGAAGAAAGCUCGGAAGGAUACCAAAUUAAGGUAGGCUAUAAUUACAUCUUAAAUCCUAAAUAUUGGAGUCCGAAUCCUUGA